AUGGGAUGCCUCGAAACAUUCCUACAUCUCCCUCCAGCCUCAAUGCUUGGAACUAGAGCACACGCCACUGUGGCUGAUAUCAACAGGAGUGGCGUCUGGUCCCUCCCUAGCCCGCGAUCUGAGGAGCAACUCACUCUCCACACCCAUCUAACUACUGUAAUACUAAACGACCUUGAGGAUUCCUAUAUCUGGCAACCACAGGGGACAGAACUAUCAACCUGCUCUACAGGGAUGAUAUACAACCUGAUAAAGGAACACAAGCCUCAAGUCUCCUGGUUCAAAGCAGUAUGGAGUCCGCGUGGAAUCCCGAAGCAAAACUUCCUAACUUGGCUAGUGGUCUUGAAUCGCUGCCCGACGAGAGACAGAUUACUUGGGUGGGGGCUUCAAACUGAUCCGGCAUGCGUGCUCUGCAACUCAACCGCAGAGUCAAGAGACCACUUAUUCUUCGACUGCGCUUAA